GGCAAUGUCUGUGUAACUGCAUGCAGGAUCAUUUGGCUGGCGAGCUCGUGUCCGUUUCUGGAAGUAGUGGCCUACAUAACGGCCUCUCACGUGACCCUUCCAGAAGCGCUGUGGUCCCUUGGAGCAGGAUGCAGGCGUGUCAAGACGCUCAUUGUGCCGCCCCUAGACCCACUAAAGAAGCAAGGAUAUGCUGGUCAUAGAGUCUGCCAGAUGUUGGGAAAGUGCUGGCCUGAACUGCAAGUGCUGUGCAUCGGGGGAAGGAGCCUCACACUGGCAAGCCUCUGCUGCGUUUUGAGGUCCUGUGUGAACCUGUCAUCCUUAGAGAUUGACAGGGGACGAGACAUCGAUGAGGCAUCUGCCGCUGUUCUGGCUGAAGCUGGAUUACAUCGAAUCCAGCAGCUGUACUUAACGCACACCGUCAUCUCACCCGGAGGUGCCAUAAUAUUGCAUGGAGGCUGUCCAAGGCUGAGAGAAAUUAGCGUCGUUCUGCACAGACGGGACUUCGAUUCCGCGUCGGCAUUCGGCAACUUCGUCGCUGGUUUUGGGGCGUUGCAACAAAGGGAGCCGUUCGACACUUUCGUCAGGCUGGGCUUCACCGACGAACGAGACUAUCUUGCCGAAGACAAGAAAUGAACUGAACGAUGUGGAUGGCAUUAAACU